UCCCCAUAGAUAACGGAGUGCACAGAUGUUCACUCCACAUAAAGAUUAGUAUGUUUGGCUGAGCACCUUUUGCAUAUGCGCAAACACGAUUCAGUUUCCAAAGAAAUCACCUGGUGGAGCCUUUCUUUACCGACACUGUAUGUUACAGCAGCCGUUUCCUCUGAUGGGUCAGAAGAUGAAUCUCACAGUCACAGAUCUCUGUUGUGCCUUCGAAUCUCCCAUCCUGGACCAAGUUUUGCCUCCAGUUCUCAUCCUGGAGUUCAUGUUUGGACUAACGGGGAACUUUGUCGCCCUGUGGAUGUUCAUCUUUCACAUGGACACAUGGAAACCCAACGCUGUGUACCUCACUCACCUGGCAGUUGCAGACUCCAUCGUGCUCUUCUGCCUGCCUUUCCGAGCAGAUUACUACAGGCGUGGGAAAAACUGGCUCUACGGUGACAUCCCAUGUCGCAUCUUGCUCUUUUUGCUGGCAGCCAACCGCGCAGCUGGGAUCUUUUUCCUCACGGCCGUGGCUGUAGAUCGUUACUUCAAGAUCGUCCACCCGUCGAAUCGGAUCAACCAAAUGGGGCUGGGCUAUGCUUUCUGGGUCUCAUUUGGCCUCUGGUGCUUGAUCUUCCUUGCUACGGGGUACCUUCUUGCUGAUCAGCACUUUUAUUACAACAACAACCGUACGCAGUGUGAAAGUUUCAACAUCUGCAUGGGCUUUAGUCCCCUUUCCACCUGGCAUAACACUUUCUAUGUUGUCCAGUUUUUCCUGCCCACUGCCAUCGUGGCCUUCUGCACCAUCAGAAUUACAUGGCAGCUGAGAAUCCGGACUGUGGACAAGAAAGGGAAAAUCAAACGGGCCGUUCAGUUCAUCCUGGCCGUGGCUUUAAUCUUUAUCAUCUGCUUUUUCCCCAGCACCAUAUCGCGUAUUGCAGUGUGGGUCCUCAAGGUAUGGUACAAUGAAUGCAAAUACUUUGAAGAAGCCAACCUGGCAUUCUACACGUCAGUGUGUUUGACUUACUUCAACAGUGUCCUCAACCCUGUUUUGUAUUAUUUCUCGAGCCCUGCCUUCAGUGGAGCCUUCAACAAGGUCCUUAACAAACUGUUGAGAAGAAGCAGCGACAAAGACGAGAAAAAGUCAUCAGAGAAUGACAUUUCCACCAUAGAUGAUAGAAGACUGUAAAGCCAGCUGCUUGUCCCUGUUCUAAUUCUGUAGGGAAACUAAGAUCCACCUGAAUACACAAAUGCAUGGUAAACUCCUGGCUAUUGAAAACAUUUAUAUUGUUGUAGUUGAAAUUAAAUGUCAAAUAGUUUUUGCUGUAAUUAUGAACAAAAUGACUCACUUACUAUACAUCUUAGUGGUAUAGUGCUUUUAUUGCAAUAAUGCACCUGUUGUGACUUUGGAUGUACUUUGUGAUUAUAAGCCACUUACCUGUCGUUAGUAGCUUACAAUUACAUUUCCCUAGUAGCUGGGCAGGUGAGUAAAGAAUGAACUUAAAAGCUUGUCAAGGCAACAUCUCACAUAGAUGCCAUCAGCUCAUGUAUCCACGAUACUUGAUAAGGUUGGUUUUAAUGUUUUUAUUAGGCAGUUCAAGUGUAACACUGAUCUUUUGGCUGCCCACUGAAAUAAUAUUUAUUGAAUGAAAUGGUUGUACAGCCACAGGAAAGUUUAGCUCACGUUAGUGCUAAUAAACUAUCAGGGCAAAACCCACAUGCAAAGGGAGGUUUUUCGAGAUAGUCUAGUAUGGUUUGCAGAUAAUUUCAGCUAGUUUGAAUAAAGCACUGUGUAUGUAAAUGCCUUUGCAAGUGUAUUUCUGCUUGUAUAACAUUUCAGUCUGUGUACCCUGUCACAUUUUGUUUUCAAUAAAGAAAAAAUAAGAUUACACCUAAACAUUACAUAGUUCUUUUGGUCCACUUUUCAGUGUCUGAAUGGAACCGAGAACAUUUUGCGCACUUUUACUUUUGAAUGUUUUCUACUUACUAAUAAUGUACUUUCACUAAGGUCGUGGGUUUAUUUAUUUAUUUAUUUUAAACAAUGGCUGUUCCAUAGUUAGGUGGGUGGUAAAAUUAGCCUUUGAAAAGUUUUAAAAAUAUUUUGCUUUGAAAAAAAAUCCAAUAAAAAUCAUUUAGUUGUUGACAGUAAAUUAGAUAUCUAAGUUAUUUAGAUAUGUCUCUUUGGGGUUCAGGGACUGUGAUAAUAUUUCUUGUUUUUUCCUCAGUUUUUACAAAAACAGUCGAUUGAAAACGAAUCCAGUGAGCUAUUCUUUUUCAGCUUUGCGCAAAGUGUAGAAAACAAAGCUAUGAUUCAGAGAGCUAAAGCAGCAAAAUGAAGCUCUCGCAUUAUGCGUCAGUGACAAUAGCGUACAUCUACAAAAGUAUAUUUUUAUGUCAGUACUUGCCUUUAUUUUU